GCCAUCUGGCUUGUAGAAAUACAGAAAUGAGUCGGUUUUUAGACUGGCUGAGUUAUUUGUUGGAUAAUAGGGAUCGCCAUUUUGCCUUUUCCUUUCCUUUGAAGUGGAUAUACGGCUAUAAUGUGUGUUAUCUAGUCUGGUACAAUUCAUGUCCACUGUGGCAGAGAAGUAAGCAGGUGUUGGUGGUGUCGUUAUGGCCGAAGAUUCUCGCACAAUGGGUCUUGGAAGGGAGUUAGCCAAACCAUUGCAUCUGCAGCACUUAGAACGAAGUCUUGAUGUGGAGCCAUUUCUUGUAUAUGUUGAACAGAUAUUUAACACUCCGAUCAGUGAUGAGAACACCUCAGAUUCAGAAUCAGAGGCCCACCUCACUGAAACUGAGGAUGCGAAAGGAAAUAAAAUUAUUAAUGGAAUUGCAACUACGAUAGAAGAACGUAAAUCAGAUAAGAUGCGUUUGUACAACUUCGAUAACGUGAAAAAGAAUCGCCGAUGGUUACGAGACGUUCUCAUUAGUGAUACAUCAGAUUCCUCAAGUGAUGAUGGGAAUGAUGACCUGAUUACAGAACAGGAUCUGCAAGACAUGUUGCGUCUUCACCUCCUCAGGAAGAAGUACCAAGCUCGUUACUAUACAAAUCCCGAGAAUUCCCAAUAUCAGUAUUAUGGAGCUGGGCUCCUGUCCAAUUAUGAUAAGUUUCCUGAACAUCAGAAACUUAUUGUUGGUAACAAAAAGAAAAAGAAAGAAAAGAAGUUUGAAAAGAAAAUGAAGAAGAUGAAGAAGUUGGGCAUGAAAGAAAAACGUGAAGCUGAAGAAAAUCUGGAACAAGAUGCAAUGGAAGAUUUUGAUUUUGAGGAAGGUUUGUUAAAUCUUAAAGAUGAAGAUGAUCCUGAGAGCUUUGUUGACAUGACUCGAGUUAUCACAAAAUCCUCAAAGGGUAAGAGGAAGGACAAACAAGCCAAAAAUCCAGAGAUAAUGGCAAUUAGGAGGAGAAAGAUAUGGGUUAUGAUGUCUAAAAAGGAGCUUGGAAAGGUGCAGCGAGCGAAGACAAACAAUCACAAAGAAAUGCUUACAAGUUGUAAGCGUGUGGCGCAGUACUGCAUGAAACACUGGAGGCAGAAAGCAAUGCAGUCACAGAAAAAUAUGAAGGAGACAGUAUGGCGAGCGAAGCGCCUGACAAGAGAGAUGCAGGCGUACUGGAAGCGUUAUGAUCGGGUGGAACGGGAGACGAGGAGGAGACAGGAGAAAGAAGCUGAAGAACAGCGCAAAUUGGACGGGGAGCUGAUGGAGGCAAAGCGGCAACAAAGGAAGUUAAAUUUCCUCAUCACACAGACGGAGCUCUAUGCCCACUUCAUGUCUCGUAAGCUAGGCGGUGCGAAUCAUCAGGAGCAGUUGAGAAUACUCAGUCAGUUGGAGGAGGAAAAGAUCCCUCGAUUGGCAGCCAUUGAUGAUUAUGACAGUGAAACCAUGAAGCAGAAGGCUAAGAAGAAUGUCCGUGAUGCAUUCCAAGCAGAACAGAACCGAACACGAGAAUUCGCACAUGGGGUGGCACAUGAGCUCACAGAUGACUUCAAGCUCACAGAGACGAGCAUCAGUGCAGAUGAGGAGCGGCCACAGCCUUCUAUAUUUAGGGGGAAUCUUAAACAUUACCAGCUCAAAGGCAUGAACUGGCUUGCAAACCUGUAUGACCAGGGAAUUAAUGGAAUCCUGGCAGAUGAGAUGGGCUUAGGGAAAACUGUGCAGUCCAUAGCAUUUCUGUGCCAUGUAGCUGAGAAGUACGAUGCCUGGGGACCAUUCUUGAUCAUCUCUCCAGCAUCUACUCUCCACAAUUGGCAACAGGAAAUGGCACGUUUUGUUCCAGACUUCAAGGUUGUUCCGUACUGGGGAAGCCCUCAGGAACGCAAAAUCCUGCGUCAAUUCUGGGACCAAAAGGACUUGCACACAAAGGAAGCAAGUUUUCAUGUUGUGAUCACAAGUUACCAACUUGUUAUCACAGACUUCAAGUAUUUCAAUCGUAUCAAGUGGCAAUAUUUGAUUCUGGAUGAAGCCCAGGCCCUCAAGAGCACCAACAGCGUUCGUUGGAAGCUUCUCUUGGGAUUCAGUUGUCGGAACAGGUUACUGCUGAGUGGGACGCCCAUUCAGAACAGCAUGGCUGAACUCUGGGCCUUGCUUCAUUUCAUCAUGCCCACUCUCUUUGAUUCACAUGAUGAGUUCAACGAGUGGUUCUCCAAGGACAUUGAGAGUCAUGCAGAAAACAAAACUGGCAUUGAUGAAAAGCAUUUAUCUCGGCUUCACAUGAUACUGAAGCCGUUCAUGUUGCGGAGAAUAAAGAAGGAUGUUGAAAAUGAGCUUUCUGACAAGAUUGAGGUUAUGGUGUAUUGUCCACUUACAACUCGACAGAAACUUCUCUACUCAGCUCUCAAAAAGAAAAUUCGUAUUGAAGAUCUGUUGUACUCAUACAGUGGCUCAAAUCAGACUUCACAGAGUGUAACGUCCAGUUUGAUGAAUCUCGUCAUGCAGUUCCGUAAAGUCUGCAAUCAUCCUGAACUGUUUGAGCGUCGAGAAGCCAAAUCACCCCUCUUUAUCCGCUGCCCGGAGUACAUACUUCCUAAGUUGCUGUUUGAUGAUGGACUUCUACAUCUGGUGAUGCCCAGCAAAGAUCAUUUGUUAUAUAAUCAUCUCAGUAUCUUUGCUGUGCAGCAUAUUCACAGAUCUCUCUUUCCGUCACAACACAAUGAAGGAAGUGUCGCAACCUCACACAGCUGUUUUUCCUUCACAAGGUUCUGUGAUCUCUCUCCAGCUGAAUUACAUCAUGUUGUUUUGGGUGGACUCAUUUACGUGUUGCUGCAUCUGGUUAAAUGCCACAGGUCUGAUGUUCUCAUUCACCAUCGUCGCAAAUUGUGGUAUGAUGGAAGCCUCAGUUCAGUCUCAGUGUCUGAAGAUAAAUAUCACAAUCGUAUCUCAGCAUCUCACAGUCAGCUCUUGCUUUCUCCUGAGUACCAGCUUUCUGUUCCCAGUAUUGCAUCCAGUACCAUACUGAAACAUCUUGUUUUCACAUCAGUGACAUCAUACGGUGGUAAUACAACUUAUACACACAAUCGUCAUAUCCACCACUCAAUGCCUGAGACAGUUGAGCAUCGUAUCCUCCGCAGUCGCAAAGCUGCAUACAUGAGGAAAGGCUUGCCAGAACCAGAGGCAGGCAUUGAGAUGGAGGAUCAGCGAUCAGUCGGGAAGUCUGCAGCUGUGAGUCCUCUGCACCGAAUGGCAAACAAGCCAUCACCUACAUCCCCUAAGGCUUUACGAAGCCCAAACCAUUCAAAGAUGUCAGAUAUGAAAUCUCCAAGACUAAAUGCUGGUGAAGAUGAGGGCCAUUUUCCAGGGAAGGUUCCAAUUUUGCGUGAGUUUCCCCACAUUCCUCGUCCCUCAAGGAUCCUUGAAUGCCAGCCAACAGAUUUGCCACCGUUCCUGUAUUAUACAAGCCCUAAAGUUCAGACGAGAGCUUGUGAAGUGUUCUGCAGUAGCAGGGCCGCAGCGUGGUAUAUGCUACGUCACCAGCAGUGUACCUCCGUAGAAGGUCUGCAAACUGUCUGGUAUGGUUCCUCAGAAGCUGCAGCUCUUCAUGAGUCCAGGUCCCAGUAUUUUCAUCCAAUUCAUAUAGGGGGACUUGCGGCAGCGGCUCCAAGAUUUGGCUGGUCAAAUAUCAUUGUACCUGACAAGCAGACACUUGUCACAGAUGCGGGCAAGCUGUAUGUGCUGGAUGGACUGCUGAAGAGGUUAAAGGAACAGGGUCACCGAGUCCUUAUAUACUCCCAGAUGACUCGCAUGAUUGACUUACUGGAGGAAUAUAUGUGGCACCGUAAACACACUUACAUGAGGCUGGAUGGCUCAUCCAAAAUCUCGGAGAGGAGAGACAUGGUGGCAGAUUUCCAGGCGAGGGAAGACAUCUUUGUGUUUCUGCUGAGUACUCGGGCAGGCGGGCUGGGCAUUAACCUCACUGCAGCUGAUACGGUGAUCUUUUACGACAGCGACUGGAACCCGACAGUGGAUCAGCAAGCUAUGGACCGCGCCCACCGUCUGGGCCAAACCAAACAGGUGACGGUUUAUCGGCUUAUCUGCAAGGGAAGCAUAGAAGAACGCAUCCUCCAGAGAGCUAGAGAAAAGAGUGAGAUUCAACGCAUGGUGAUCAGUGGUGGCAACUUCAAACCUGACACUCUGAAACCUAAAGAGGUGGUAUCCCUGCUGCUGGAUGACGAGGAAAUAGAAAAGAAAUACCGUCAGCGACAAGCAGAAAGGCGCAGUCAGGAAGAAGCCCGCGCAGACAUCUAUCGGGAAAGAGACAGGGAAAGGAAGCGGAAACAAUGCUUGGGCGUCAUCAGAAACGAGCCAAAAAGAAUCCGGCUUGAAGACGGACACGAAGACUCCGUCCCCAGCGUGGACUCCACACCGCCCAGUCCAAGCCAGAGUGAGGUGUCGCAAGGAAGUGGAGCGCUGCCUCAGGAUGAAACAAGCAAUGAGGGUCUCGUCGUGGAUGUGGAUAGCCCUGCCACUCCUCAAACUUUCCCUCUGCCAUUUGCAAGUAAUAUGCUUGUAACCGGCAGACCACGGCCAUCCGGCCGGGGAACGAAGCGAGGACGUCCGCGCGGAUCGCGGAGAGGUAUCAUCAGUACCAGAGGCAGAGGAAUCAUCGUCAAUCUUACAAACAGCGAUCUAGGCCUAGGUGACCCGUGUCAACCGGUUGACUCGAGUGCCACCCCAGGACAUCCGCAACCCAUCCCCGUGAAGCGGGGCCCCGGUCGACCCCGCCUGCGCCCAGUAGGGCCUGGACAUCAAGGCACACGCGGUCCACCGCGGCCAAGGAAAGCCCCAAAGCCGCUACCCGUCCCCCUGCGAUCAGGAUCUGGUACUCCAUCGUCAGUAACCACCACGCCAUCAGCGGCUGCUGGGGUGGAGCACCCUCGUCCCUUCGGUUUCUACACCCAAGGAACGGGGUCCGCUGAGUAAGCAGGUGUUGUAUGGGAACAAUGGAAGUAGGAGCAUGAGCGACCAGCGUUUUUGGACGUCGAACAGGUGUGGUAUAUACCAUGAAGCAUCUGCAGCAUCUUUAUUGCCACCAUGCCCAGAACUUUGCUUGCAGAGUAUGUGAGACAUACGGUGAUGUAGAGUUUGAAAGCUGUUUUAAUUGUUCGGUGUCUGCAAUAAAAUGAAGUGAAUCUCGAUCUAUUUAUCAGUCAAGUGAAUGCACCUGUAAUGAAAUUAAUUGAAAGCUGUUUUGUGUAUAUAAAAGUAUGUUUACUAAUCCUAGUUCUUUGUGAUGUCAGAAUAUUUACAAAUAAUUAGUGGUCACAUUUCAUUUAACUUAUACAAACACAUUAAUGUUUCAAGCCCCUGUAUAAUAUUAAUGUUGUCUUAUACUAUGAUAUUUCAGAUUGUCUCUUAUCUAGUAAGUCAGGUACAAUUUCUUGAACAUUUUUGGGCUAAGGAAUAGAAAUGUAAGUUCAUAUGACAUGUACAGAGUUAGUGUUUGCGGUUCCUGGCAUGGGCUUUUAUGGGGAAUUUAUCUGUAAAAGUAUUCAACUGUGAAACAUAGUACAGAGUAUGGGAGGUUAUGGAAAUCAUUACAGUUUGUAUUUAUGUUGCAUUGUGUCAUACUUUGCCUUAAAUGAAUUAUGCACUCAGAUAGCUCAGUCAGUAAAUAACAAGAUACUGACAGGAUGUCUGGAUUUGAUUUUUGGGGAAAGCGCAGAUUUUUCUCUUUGCAGUCUUUUCUAAACUUUCUUUUUGUUGUUGUUGACAGUGAGCAUCUUGAGUGAACAGAUAGAUAUCGACACCCCAUAUAAUUAUUUUGGGUAUUGUGUUGGUUUCUAGAGGCAUCUGUUCCUUUUUAUUAGCCAAACUGCGGAAAACUGUUUCAGAAUGUGUUUUUCACACAUUUAAAGUAUAUGAUAUUGGUCAGUAAUGUCUUAUUAGACUGCAAGGUAUCACAGUCCAAAUCUUCACCACCAUGAAAACUUAAGAUGGCAUAUAAAUGAUAUAUGGGUACAUCUGUGUGCCUGCUUUUGAAAUAUAAUUGCUCGUUAAUGCUUAAAUUGUUAUUUUACUAGAAUAGUAUUCAUGUUGAUAGAAAUAUCUUACACAAAUGCCUGAAAUGAACUUUGAAACACUUUUGAUUGCAACACUGUGUUUCCAUGAUUUACUGAUUGAUGAUUUUAUUUUGGUAUACAGUGAACCUUCAUGCUGUGGAAGUGUAUGAUACAGAAUUUCAGUCUAUCAAAAAUAUAAAACGUAACCAUAAACUCGACUUUACAGAAAUUGGCGCAAAUAUUAACAAUUACAUUAGACACAAAAUGCAAACUAAUAGAUGUGGCCAAAAGUAAUUGUUUUCCUUAAGAGUGUAUUAUACCUUGAAAGGUUCAGGUUACUGUUAUGCAUGAAGCAUUGAUGUAGGAGUAAGUUUUGGAGGGUAAUUGAUAUUCUUGUCGUAUUUUAGGUUGUGGAGUGUAUUACCAUUAUUUAUGUUAAAAGUGUGUUUUUAUUACAACUGAGGACCAAAAGAGCUUAUGUAAGAAAAAAUCUUAUGUAUAAAAUGUGAGAGUCAGUGGAAAACAGUUUUUUCUAGCUGGAAUGUAUCAUGGUGCAGACACAUUGUCGAUAACACAUCCUUUCCAUACCAUGGAGGCAUGGUGUAGUUGUGUUAAGGAUGUCUCGAGAUAUAGUCCUAUAGAAAUUGCGUUAUCUUACAAAGCAUCUGCAGGUCUGUUCAUAUUCUCUCUGAAGAUGUUAGUGUACAGUGCAAAUUUUUUGGCCAUGCCAAAAGUCGCAUUUUGUGCAGAAUAAUGACCAAAAAGGUGUCAGCUGCAGAGUGGUUCCAUUGCCUCAUUCAGCAGUUUGAAAUCUUCUAACAAGAGUACUCUGUAAUGGCGGUAGAUGAUAACUAUAUUUGAUGGAGCGUUCCAAGCCUCAAAAUUACAUACACCGCUGUCUUCAGAGAAAUAAAUAUUGAAUUUUUGUGUUGAAAUAUGUACUUCAAAUUUACUUCACUAGCUUCGGUUGCAUUAGCAUUCUAUUGGCUGAGUGUUUUCGUGGGUUUCCUCAGUCUCUCCAGGCAACUGCCAGGAUACUGCCUCAAUUAUGUGUAGAUCAUUUCCUUCCAAGUCGUUUCAAAUUCAUGAUUUACCAUCAUCCCACCGUUUGACACUGUAUAAUCUAGCUACUUACUAGCCUGGCUAGCACAACUUCUUGAGAAGCCGCCUGUUGCUCAGCCACUCAAAUUCUCAGAAUUUUAUGGAAACUGUAGGCUCAUUACCAUGUUCACAAGAAAUCACCCUCCUGCUCCUAUCCUGAGCCAGAUUAAUCCAGUCUACACUACCAUAUCAUGUUUAUUUUAGAUCCAUUAUAAUAUACUCAUCCUCUGCAUUUAGGUCUUCCUAGAGUUAUAGUCGAGUUACUGGCAACAUUCUAAAAAAUCCAGCAAAACAGUUCCCUUGUGGUGGAGGAAGAGAAUAUCUCUGAAGUCUUGGACCCCUGCCCCAAAUUAACUCAGCUGGUUACCCAAAAUAAACUGGUCACUUUUCAAAUUUUGUCCACUUUUUACUCUUGGCAAAGCGUGUAUAAAUUCCUGCCAAUCCGUUUUCGUUAUUUUCGUGAAUAAACUUUUUUAUGUUAUCAUUUCAGUUAAGAAAUAAAUUACAAAGAAAAAAUCGCACAAGUAAAAUAUAUUAUUGUAUUAUGAAAGCAUACAUUUUCAAUUUCAUGGGUAGAAGAAGAAUGUUAUUUUAUGGUUAUUGGGGAACUUAUUUUUCACUUUAAUCUUCCUAAAUCUCUCACAUUUGGAGUGACCCUCAAGUUCAGAAAUGUCCCCACUUCCAAAGUCAUCAUCUGAUUUCAUUAGCCAGAGUUUUUUUUUUCAGGAAAGAAAAUAUUCCACUUUAUAAUUUACUGAGACUCAGAUGAAAAAAAGUUUGUCAUCAGAAGCACUGAAAACCUUUUAUCAAAACCUAUGAGUACAUUGCCUUAACAGCAAGUAGGUUGGGUGAGCAGAAACACGCAUGACUUCUAUUGAGGAUGUUUCCAGUUUGAAUCUUGCUUUGGCCACAACUGUUUUGUUUGAUCUGUUUAAUGGUUUUUCUUGGUCAUUUUUUUUCAUGCUUAUUCAAAUCCAUCCUCCUACCUUAUUUAGCUCUAGUUGAACUUUCUAUUGGAAUAAGCUACUGUUCUCUAAAUAUGGUUUUGGUUCACCUUGUAUGUUGGACGUGGAUGGUAGAAUCCUUUGAAUAUAAACCUGUAUAAAUUAAGUUGUAUUGCCUAAAGACACUUGAAGCCCAUUUUAUAACUUUCCUGAACACAUUUUCAGUAGCACUUCCAUAAUUCGGGCUGUCACUGAUUAUGACAAGGGUUCGCUCCAAUUAGUCCAAAUCAAUGAGGUCUUACUCUAUUUAAUCGAUCCCAGGUCUGUUCAGAUGGGAUUUAUGGUGGGCAAAGUGGCUCUGGGGCAGAUUUUCUCCGAGUACUUCGGUUUCCCCUGCCAUGUUCAU